GAAGGUGUCGGACCGGUCCGGCAGGUUCCGUUUUUUUUCCUUCUUCUUCAUCGGGGGCGAGCAGGUGAGGCAGGUGAGGGGAAGGAGGGGAGUGACUCGACGAGCAGGAAGGAGAAGGAAACAUGGUGCGGUGACAGAACUCGCGGACGCAGACACGACAACCAGGAUUCUUCUUCUUCUUUGUAUUGUAUAAAUCCGCGGAACGCGCCUGGACUACCUGAGGUGCCGAGAUGAGUCGGCCGCGCGUAGACUCCGCGGGGUCCCUGGGGCCUGAUGAUGAGGUCAUGCCGUACAGCGACGAUGAGACGGACGACGAAUUAGCCGUGAGCUCUGAAGGAGAACCAGAGGAGCUGCCAGGAGCCGUGCAGCCUCCGCUGGAAACUAAACCCAGUGAGAUGGCCUGGAAGGUGAAAGCCAGCGAUCGACCGUACCACCAGCUGCCGGAGUUUCAGAAGAAAGUCUUCCUGUGCAUCAAGAAGAGCAGAUACUCUGGAAACGCCAUCAAGACGUACAAGUACAACGUCCUCACCUUCAUCCCCCUGAACCUGUACGAGCAGUUCAAGAGAGUGGCCAACCUCUACUUCCUGGCUCUGCUCAUCUUACAGAUUAUUCCAGACAUCACCACUUUGCCCUGGUACACGACACUGAUUCCUCUGGUGGUGGUGCUGGGAAUCACCGCCAUUAAAGACCUGGUGGACGACCUGGCGCGACACAGGAUGGACAAGGAGAUCAACAACAGGAAGACGGAGGUCCUGCUGGACGGCAGGUUUCAAGAGUCGAAGUGGAGGAACCUUCAGGUCGGAGACGUGGUUCGUCUGAAGAAAAACGACUUCAUCCCGGCCGACAUCCUGCUGUUGUCCAGCUCCAACCCAAACAGCCUGUGUUAUGUGGAAACGGCCGAACUCGACGGGGAGACGAACCUGAAGUUUAAGUUUGGACUCAGAGUGACGGACGAGAAGCUGCAGGAGGAGCGACAGCUGGCCGAGUUCGAUGCUCUGAUCGAGUGCGAGGAGCCGAACAACCGUCUGGACAAGUUCACCGGGACGAUGCUGUGGCAGCGGGAGACUUACCCACUGGACCUGGACAACAUGCUGCUCCGGGGCUGCACCAUCCGCAACACCGAGGAGUCUCACGGGCUGGUCAUCUUCGCAGGUGCCGACACUAAAAUCAUGAGGAAUGGCGGGAAGACGAGGUUCAAGCGGACAAAAAUCGACGAGCUGAUGAACUACAUGGUUUACACGAUCUUCGCGCUGCUCGUCCUGGUGGCGGCGGGUCUGGCCAUCGGUCACACCUUCUGGUACGAGGAGAUCGGCUCCAAGGCCUGGUACCUGUUCGACGGCAAGAACCAGGACGCCUCCAGACGAGGCUUCCUCACCUUCUGGGGCUACAUCAUCGUCCUCAACACCAUGGUGCCCAUUUCACUAUACGUCAGCGUGGAGGUGAUUCGUCUGGGCCAGAGCAAGUUCAUCAACUGGGACCUGCAGAUGUAUUUCUCAGAGAAAGACACUCCAGCGAAGGCCCGGACCACCACCCUGAACGAGCAGCUCGGGCAGAUCGAGUACAUCUUCUCCGACAAGACCGGAACUCUGACUCAGAACAUCAUGGAGUUCAAGAAGUGCACCAUAUCUGGACGCAACUACGGUUCCCCGACCACCGCCGAGGGAGUGACGCUGGACCGAGGACGGCCGGUGGACUGGAGCUGGAACCGCGAGGCCGACAGGAAGUUCCAGUUCAUGGAUCAUUCCCUCGUCGCCGUCGUUCGAUCCCGGAAGGACAAAGACGCCUCGGAGUUCUUCAAGCUGCUCUCGCUCUGCCACACCGUCAUGGUGGAGCACAACGACGACGGGGCGCUGGUGUACCAGGCGGCUUCGCCCGACGAGGGCGCCCUGGUGACGGCCGCCAGGAACUUCGGCUACGUGUUCCUGUCCCGCACCCAGGACACCAUCACCAUCAGGGAGAUGGAGCAGGAGGCCACGUACGAAAUGUUGGCGCUUCUCGACUUCAACUCCGACCGCAAGCGCAUGUCCAUCAUCCUGAGGUUUCCCGAUGGGCGUAUUCGUCUCUACUGUAAAGGAGCCGACACGGUCAUCUACGAGCGACUCUCCCCCAACUCCAGACACAAGGAGGCGACCCAGACCGCUCUGGACGUCUUUGCCAACGAGACCCUGCGGACGCUGUGCUUGUGCUACAAAGACAUCAGCAGGGACGAGUACGAGGCCUGGUCCAGGAUACACAAGGAGGCGCAGGUGGCCAAGCGCGACCGAGACGCCGCCCUGGACCGCGCGUACGAGCAGAUCGAAGGCAACCUCUUGUUGAUCGGGGCCACGGCCAUCGAGGACAAGCUGCAGGACGGCGUGCCGGAGACCAUCGCCAAACUGGCCAAGGCCGACAUCAAGAUCUGGGUCCUGACCGGAGACAAGAAAGAAACGGCAGAAAACAUCGGAUUUGCUUGUUCACUUCUGACAGACGACAUGCAGAUCCACUACGGAGAAGACGUCAAUGAGAAGCUGACGAUCCGCCAGGCCACCAGGAGAAACGCGCCGUCGACUUUCCUCCGAAGCAAAAAGAAACAUCCGGAGCCGUUCUUCACCGAGUCGGGCAAAAACGCUCUGGUCAUCACUGGGGGGUGGCUGAACGAGAUUCUGUACGAAAAGAAGAAGAAGCGCCGUCGCCUGCGUCUUCGUCGUCUAGGAAAGCGGGCGCCUCCCGCCAACCCUCAGGACGGACAGCCCAACAACGACCUGGAGAAAGAGAUGAGACAGAUUGACUUUGUGGACAUGGCCUGCGAGUGUGAGGCCGUCAUCUGCUGCCGCGUCACGCCGAAGCAGAAGGCCAACGUGGUGAGCCUGGUGAAGAAGUACAAGAAGGCCGUGACGUUGUCCAUCGGAGACGGAGCCAACGACGUGAACAUGAUCAAGACUGCAGACAUCGGCGUGGGGAUCAGCGGUCAGGAGGGGAUGCAGGCCGUCAUGUCCAGCGACUACGCCUUCGCUCAGUUCCGUUACCUGCAGCGCCUCCUGCUGGUGCACGGACGCUGGUCCUACAUCCGGAUGUGCAAGUUCCUGCGUUUCUUCUUCUUCAAGAACUUUGCCUUCACCCUGGUCCACUUCUGGUUCUCCUUCUUCAGCGGAUACUCUGCUCAGGUCGCCUACGAAGAUUGGUUCAUCACCCUCUACAAUCUCUUCUACAGCAGCUUACCUGUUCUACUCGUCGGACUCCUCGACCAGGACGUUAACGACAAACUGAGCCUGAAGUUCCCGAAGCUCUACCUGCCCGGCCAGCAGGGGUCGCUGUUCAACUACAGGAACUUCUUCAUCAGCUUGUUCCACGGCAUCUUCGUCUCGCUCGUCAUCUUCUUCAUCCCGUACGGCGCCUUCCUGCAGACCAUGGGGCAGGACGGAGAAGCCCCGUCGGACUACCAGUCCUUCGCCGUCGUCACCGCCUCGUCGCUGACGUUCACCGUCAACCUGCAGAUCUCUCUGGACACCUCCUACUGGACCUUUGUCAACUGCUUCGCAGUGUUGGGCAGCAUAGCCCUUUACUUUGGCAUCAUGUUCGACAUCCACAGUGCUGGGAUCCACGUCAUCUUCCCGUCAUACUUCACCUUCACUGGUGUAGCAUCGAACGCUCUGCGUCAGCCUUACCUGUGGUUAACCAUUAUCCUGACUGUCGGCAUCAGCCUGCUGCCCGUCAUCUGCAUCCAGUUCCUCCAUAAAACCAUCUGGCCGUCUGUAGGAGACAAGGUCCAGAGACACAGGAAGAAGUACGAGAUGGAGAUGGCGCAGGAGGAGAAGAAAAAGCCGUCCGCCUUCCAGCGCGGCCAACGGUCCCGUCGCUCCGCCUACGCCUUCUCUCACUCCCGCGGCUACGCCGACCUCAUCUCGUCCGGGCGGAGCAUUCGGCGGCGCCCGACGGCACGCGCCGGACCCCAGGACAGCAUCAGGGAGUUUCCCCAGAGAGAGGCGGAAAACAUCUGAGGAGGCGGAGAGGCGGAGCAAAACUGUUUGGGGAAAGUGCAAGGCGCACUCGGUUUAUCUUCAUUUCCAUCAACGUCAGGAGCUCCGGCAGCCGGGAAACUAAUCUGACCUUUCCCUUUGAGAGACUCCAGAACUUUGUGAGGCGAUGAAACAGAAGUUUCAUCCUCGUGAAACGAGGCGGAGGAGCUUAUUUUUCCACCAGAAGCCAACCCCUGAUUUGUGUUUUUGCUCCAGCGACCUCGACUCCUCUUCCUUGCACAGACACUCUGUUAAAAUGCAACAGAAAGAAAAAAAGAAAGCUCACCGAAGAGACGACAGCCGUUAUCGGGGUUUCAAGUCACGCAGUCGACCGUGUGACUGACGAUGUCGUUUAACUCAGGAUUUUUAAAGUCGUGUUUUUAGCCAGUUUCUCUGGAUUCGGAGAUGCAAAACGAUACCUUUUGACAUUCACAGUUUUAGCUUGAUGUCUGCACAGCACUUGGUUUGUGUUUUAUUAAAAUUGAAAAUAUAUAUUCCGGUUAAUUUUUCCGUUAGUCACAUGAAAUGAGACGUGGUUUUUUUUUUUCUCUCCAUCCGUUGAGAUGCAAACUCAAAACUUUCUCCUUCACGUUAAAAACAACGGGCUCAAGCUACACAUGUCGAGGUAUCUUCUUCUUUUAAUUGUUUUUAUUAUAUGCCAGGCUAUGCAAUGUUAUAAAAGUGUCUUUAAUUUAAAAAUAAAUUGUGAAUAGUGAUCUCUCCAGACGCGUCGCUCAUUUGAGUGACAUCAACUUUUGCCUUAAAACAUCUUUAAACAAACCUCCUUCAAAACUGGAUCCUAAUAUUAUUUUGUUCUUUACCCCACGUUGUGUUCUGUUCUUUUUCUCAUAGGGAAUUUUUGAGUUGAAAGUUGGUUUAAUCAUCAUCUGAUUAUUUCUCAGUUGUUUGUUCCGUAUUUUAUGAACUCCUCGGACUUUAAACCACACAUUUCCUUUUGGUCGUUAAAAAAUUGGGAUUUGCUUUUGUUUGCGUGUGUUUGUGUUUAUGUUGGUGACACUAGUUGUUUACAAUGAACUCAUCUUCCUAUAAUCUUUGUUAACAGUUCAAAGCCAAAACUGACAUACAACCCGUUCUGACUGUUAUUGUAAACGCUUCGUUCUAGUGUUACUCUUUGCAGACGAUGUCUUUUUAUUUCUGAAUGAAUGGAGGCAGCAGAUCGUGGCUGACUGUACGAGCAGCAGUUCGGUCUUCUGUCGUAUACGACGGUAUUUUAUCAUGUGGUUGUUAAUAAAAGCCAAGGGCACAUUUAGCAAUCUGA